CUUACACUGUUACUUCUUCAUCAAGGAUAUACUUUGGUUCCAGUGGUAACAGUUGAACUCGGUGGACCCGUGACUUUGACUUGUGCUUUUACUGACCAAUAUCAGGGCAAUGCCUGGCUUUACUGGUACAAGCAGAGCACAGGAGACACUCUGAAAUUAAUUGUGAUGCAGUGGAAAUUAAUGAACCCCACAUAUGGACCAGAAUUCUCUGCUUCAAGAUUGAUUGUGACAAACAGCAAAGAAAUGAGCAAUCUAACAAUUUUGAAAACAUUGCAACAAGACGGGGGAAUGUAUCACUGUGCUCAAACAGAUCUGUCUGGAUCUUUCUGCACUGGGACCUAUUUGUCAAUAAAAAGUAAACAAGGAAAUUCUGAGAGUACCUUGAGCUACAGGGUUGUUCAGCAGCCGACAGUUUCUCACCAUCGUCAUCCUGCAGACUUGGUGACCCUGCAGUGUUUAAUCUUGUCUGAUUCAAAAAACACAACCUGUUCAGGAGAUCCCAAUGCGUUCUGGUUCAAAACCAGAUCAGAUAAAGCCUCUCCAGAUGUUAUCUACACUGAGGGUAAAAAAGCUAAAAGUUGUGACAAGAGCUCCGACUCUCACAAAUGUUUUUAUGACUUCUCUAAGAACGUCAGCUCCUCUGAUCCUGGGACCUACUACUGUGCUGUGGCCACAUGUGGACAGAUACUAUUUGGAAAUGGAACUCACAUUAAGCAAGAUAAACCUUUUAAAAUCAGCAUGCUGAUGGUCACUGUAAUCUGCUUGGUCAUUUCUUUAAUUGGAAAUAUUGUUUUAAUCUGCUUUCAAAUACAAAGAUCGGCAUGUCAACUUAAAGAAAGCUCUUCUUCACAGACAAGAAGCAACUUUAACCAAAAACGAGAGGAUGUUACUGAAGAUGGAGCAGAUCUGAACUAUGCUGCUUUACAUUUCUCUGAAGGGAGAGCAUCAGGAGGAAAGAAGAACAGACAGUUAAUGACUGAAAGUGUGUAUUCACCAGUUAAACAAUCAGUUUGAAUGUGUGUUAACUUGUCUGUAAAACUCAAAUUCUGAGAUAUGAGUUCAUUCUGUUCAUUCUGUUACUGACCAACAAUAAAUGUGUGGAUUCAGUUUAAACUUCAAAUGAGAACGAAGUGUGUAAAAUCAGGAAUAUAUGUUUGAUAUUUUAAAGAUUCUGCCUAUAUGGCAGCUUAUGUAUGUGAAAUACAUUAAGAGAAAAAUUUAAAAUAUAAGCAACUUCAUGUAUUCAGAUCCCUUCAACUCUUCAACCUUCUACACUAAAUUUAUAAUUUGCAAAGUUAAGUUCUAAAUGCGACCCACCAUAAACUGUCUAAUUGAAAUGUAGUGAUGGUGCACCUUUUUAAAUUAUUUAUUGGUUUUCAACUCAAGAAUGACCAAAAGGUACAAAAGUCUUGAUGCAUUCAGUCAAAUCCUCAUAAAACUGUUUAUCAUUGUAAACACACAAUUAGGCAGCCUCCCCUUGGUUAAAAUACAGAACACAUAGAGUUGAACCAAAUCUUAUCCUGUGUACGUUGGCUCUGUUGUGUCAUUUACUGGUUUGUUUUGUAUCUUAUGUCUAUUUUAUUUCUACACUAUUGAACCCUGUUAGAAAGGUGUAUUUUUUUAAUAAAAAAGUUG